UGCCCUUUCGCAGACCUUAACAUGCAUGUUAAAAUUGAUUUAGUCUGUUUACCCCCUCAGCCUAGGUGUCCAUUUCCCUUGAGGACUGACAGUUUUAUGUGUUGCUACCAUGUUAUUAUAUGUUACUGAUCUACCAGUAGCUGGAAGCUAUAGAGUUUCAAGGGGAAAUAUAAAAUACUUACUUCUUAGAUACAAAGGAGGAUUUGGUGAUUCUGAUAAUGUUGCUUGCUAUUUCUUUUUUAAAAGCCACUUUUGUUUUUUUUUUAAAAAAACCUGGAGGAAGAUUGGGAAACACAUCUGUCAGAUCAAUUGUGAAACUGAGGAAGUCUGUCUCCAUCUUGACACUGAGAUGGCUAUUCAAGUCCACCUGGACUUUGUCACUGCUAGAAGGAUUAGGAAAGCAAUUCCUCACUUAAAUACUAUGCAGAUCCUCAUUGCAAUAAAGUACCUUAGAUCGGGGUCCCCAAUCCCUGGUUCAUGGACCAACACUGGGCCACGCAAACAAGUGAAGCCCCAUCUGCAGCAUGCAGGUAGCAUGCAAAACCAGGUCCUUUCCAGUCUGCAGAAAAACCUCUCUCCAUGGAACUGGUUCAUGGGACCCAAAAGGUUGGGGGCCGCUGCCUUAGAUGCUCUCCAAGUUCAAGAUAAAUCGAGAUAUGCAGCCAAAGAAGAUAGAAAGGAGUCGGCACUUAAAAGUGAUGUUCUCCAGACGGCACAAAAUAUGUAAAGUUUUAAAUGUAAAAUAUUCAACCAUAUAUACCUUCAGUUCAUUGCUCAAUCCUUACUUCCCUGUUUCUCCUUCCCUAAUGCCUUAAGGGUAAUAAAAUUGAUGAAAUUACUUCCGAGAGCUGUUUAUUGUAUUCAGUACUAGUUGGUGCAUGUUCAUCUGUUCCUACCUUCUCUUUUCAAUACAGUAUAUCACUUCAGUGCCAGGCUCACUCAGCUCCUACAAAUGAAUAAAUAACACCACCGAGAGGUGGGAUUUCUACUGAUGGAGCAAUACUUCCUCUCUUAACCGUGGUGGAUGUGGGAGUUGGCCAGCAGAAGCAGUGCAGUGAUGUGACAUUAUCCUUGGAAUGCGAAUGGCUGCUUUCUGGGAAAGCAGAUCGGCUUCUUACUAAAAUAAAGAUGGUAUGGCUGUAACCAUAAUGGGUGCAAGGCUUUGAUAAGGGUAAAAUCUAAGGUGUGUCUUCUGGUAAACCAGAUGCCUAUUAAUAGAAGCUGUUAAUAGCCUUAGUAACAUUUUCAUCUAGAAGAAAUGGAAUUGAGAAAUAUUACUUACCUUAUAUCACUUAACAUAUUGCAAUUAUAAAUGAGAAAGUGGGAGAUACUUUGGGAACAAAUCUUAAGAACACUGUGGAAAGGUUGGAUAUAUGAGCAAAUUCUCUGUUGGCUCUACAUAUAUCCAGUUUUUUUUUUACUAUUGUUUUGACUAAUUAAAAUUGAAUAAUAAUAUGAACCUGUAAUGCAUGGUAAAGAUAGUUAGUCUACAAAUCCUUUUUCCACUUCUCCCAGUCCUUUCUUAUGUAUAGUUUAUUUGUGUGGUACAAUACAAGCUUCAGCCAUGAACAGGAGGUAUAGAGGUGAAUAAUGAUAAUCUUGAAUUAUGUGUCAUGUUUUCUAUUUUCACAUGAAGCCUAUAGCUAAUUUACUUUGUCACUAAGUUAUGCCUCGUUUAAAGCACUCUAUACCUUUCCUGCAGGAUUAAGUGACAGUUAUUCUGCAGUCUAUGAACUUCAAUUUUUAAGGCUAAACACAUCUUCACUAAGGAAUAUGCACAGUUACUGCUGUCAUAGCUAUUAAACAGAACAUCAAAAGCUAAGGUUACUUCAGCUGCUACUGGCACUAUUGUUACCACUUUACCUGCUAUUUAAGCUCAAACUGCCCAAGGAGCUGCUGAUCCAAUUCUACAGAGGAAUUAUUGAGUCUGUCAUUUGCACCUCUAUAACUGUCUGGUUCGGUUCUGCAACCCAACAAGAAAAACACAGACUUCAGAGGAUAAUUAGAACUGCAGAAAAAAUAAUUGCUACCAACCUGCCUUCCAUUGAGGACCUGUAUACUGCACGAAUCAAGAAGAGGGCCAUGAAAAUAUUUGCAGAUCCCUCGCAUCCUGGACAUAAACUGUUUCAACUCCUACCCUCAAAACGACGCUAUAGAGCACUGCACACCAGAACAACUAGACACAAGAACAGUUUUUUCCCAAAGGCCAUCACUCUGCUAAACAAAUAAUUCCAUCAACACUGUCAGACUUAUUACUGAAUCUGCACUACUAUUAAUCGUUUCAUCGUUCCCAUCACCAAUCUCUUUCCACUUAUGACUGUAUGACUAUAACUUGUUGCUGGCAAUCCUUAUGAUUUAUAUUGAUAUAUUGACCAUCAAUUGUGUUGUAAAUGUUGUACCUUGAUGAACAUAUCUUUUCUUUUAUGUACACUGAGAGCAUAUGCACCAAGACAAAUUCCUUGUGUGUCCAAUCACACUUGGCCAAUAAAAUUCUAUUCUAUUCUAUUCUAAUAAAGUAGUACAAUAUUUUUGGAAAUAAGCAACAGUUUGUGUCAUGUAACAACUUGUUCUCCUCAUCCAAACCCCCAUCCCUGGAAAGUUACUGAAAGGGGCUGAAAUGUAUACAACCAUCUAACAUAGCCAGAAGUUAAUCUAAAUUUGUAAGAAGGACUAGGGGUGACUGAUAGUAGUGUUCCAAUAUCUCAGGGGUUGCCACAAAGAAGAGGUAGUCAACCUAUUCUCCAAAGCACCUGAAGGCAGGACAAGAUGCAAUGGAUGGAAACUAAUCAAGGAGAGAAGCCACCUAGAACUAAGGAGAAAUUUUCUGACAGUUAUAACAAUUAAUCAGUGGAAUAACCUGCCUCCAGAAGUUGUGAAUGCUCCAACACUGGAAGGUUAUAAGAAGACAUUGGACAACCAUUUGUCUGAAAUAGGGCUUCCUGCCUGAGCAGAGAGUUUGACUAGAAGACCUCCAUGGACCCUUCCAACUCUAUUAUUCUGCUAUUUUGCUUAUUGUAAAAAUCACUUUAUAUUGCUAGGUCAAUAGCCAAACUACUAAUUUUUUAAAAAAAAAGAGGGAUAGAGAAGAGAGAUAAAAAGAGAGACGAUGAGAGAGAUUGGCUUUCUUUUGUCUUUGGAGUUAAUAUUUGUCUUCUGUAACAAUUGAUAUUGUCAGUCCCCUAAUUGAUCUUUUAUAGAACCCUGAUCU